CUGCAGGGAGCUGCCUGACCUUCGGGAACUCCAGCCGGCGCAAUGACGGCAGACGAUUUGGUUUUCUUUGUGAAUGGCAAGAAGGUGGUGGAGAAACAUGCAGACCCAGAGACAACGCUGUUGGCCUACCUAAGAAGAAAGUUGGGACUGAGUGGCACCAAGCUUGGCUGUGGAGAAGGGGGCUGCGGGGCCUGCACUGUCAUGCUUUCCAAGUAUGAUCGUCUCCAGAACAAGAUUGUACACUUCUCUGCCAAUGCCUGCCUGGCCCCCAUCUGCUCCUUGCACCAUGUGGCCGUGACGACAGUGGAGGGAAUAGGGAGCACCAAGACAAGGCUGCACCCUGUGCAGGAGAGAAUUGCCAAAAGCCAUGGCUCCCAGUGUGGAUUCUGCACCCCUGGCAUCGUCAUGAGCAUGUACACGCUGCUCCGGAAUCAGCCUGAGCCCACCAUAGAGGAGAUUGAGGAUGCCUUCCAAGGAAACCUGUGCCGCUGCACAGGCUACAGACCCAUCAUACAGGGCUUCCGGACCUUUGCCAAGAAUGGUGGCGGAUGCUGUGGCGGGAAUGCGGACAACCCAAACUGUUGCAUGAGUCAGAAGAAUAACCUCGCAGAGGUCACUCUCUCGCCAUCUUUAUUCAACCCCGAGGACUUCAUGCCCCUGGAUCCGACCCAGGAGCCUAUCUUCCCCCCAGAGUUGCUGAGGCUGAAAGAUGCCCCUCAGAAGAAGCUGUGCUUUGAGGGGGAACGUGUGACGUGGAUCCAGGCUGCCACCCUGAAUGAACUGCUUGAACUCAAGUCUCAGCACCCUGAUGCCAAGCUGGUGGUGGGGAACACAGAGAUCGGCAUUGAGAUGAAGUUUAAGAAUAAACUGUUUCCAGUGAUUGUCUGCCCAGCCUGGAUCCCUGAGCUCAAUUCAGUGCAGCACGGACCCGAGGGCAUCUCUUUUGGAGCCGCUUGUCCCCUGAGUGUUGUGGAAAAGACCCUGCUGGGGGCCGUGGCCGAGCUUCCCGCCCACAAGACCGAGGUGUUCCAAGGCCUCCUGGAGCAGCUGCGCUGGUUUGCCGGGAAGCAGGUCAAGUCUGUGGCGUCCAUUGGAGGAAAUAUCAUCAACGCCAGCCCCAUCUCCGACCUCAACCCUGUGCUCAUGGCCAGUGGGGCCAGACUGACCCUCGCGUCCCUCGGCACCAAAAGGACGGUUCGGAUGGACCACACCUUCUUCCCGGGCUACAGGAAAACCCUGCUGAGUCCAGACGAGAUACUGCUUUCCAUCGAGAUCCCCUUCAGCAGAGAGGGCGAGUUUUUAUCUGCAUUCAAGCAGGGCUCUCGGAGAGAGGAUGACAUUGCCAAGGUGACCAGCGGCAUGAGAGUUCUAUUUAAUCCAGGAACCUUAGAGGUGAAGGAACUGGCCAUUUGUUAUGGUGGGAUGGCUGACAGAACCAUCUCAGCCCUUAAGACGGCACGGAAGCAGCUAUCAAAGUUGUGGAAUGAGGAGCUACUACAAGAUGUGUGUGCAGGCCUGGCAGAAGAGCUGCACCUCUCGCCUGACGCCCCUGGGGGCAUGGUGGAGUUCCGGCGCACCCUUACCCUCAGCUUCUUCUUCAAGUUCUACCUGACAGUGCUCCAGAAGCUGGGCAAAGAGGACUUGGGAGACAAGUGCAGCCAACUGGACCCCACCUUCACCAGCGCCACUCUACUCUUUCAGAAAGACCCUCCGGCCAAUGUCCAGCUCUUCCAAGAGGUGCCCAAGGGUCAGAGUGCGGAGGACAUGGUGGGCCGGCCCCUGCCUCACCUUGCUGCCACCAUGCAAGCCUCUGGGGAGGCGGUGUACUGUGAUGACAUCCCUCACUAUGAAAACGAGCUCUCUCUCCGGCUGGUCACCAGCACCAAGGCCCACGCUAAGAUCAAGUCCAUAGAUACUUCAGAAGCUCAGAAGGUCCCUGGCUUUGUUUGCUUCCUCUCCGCUGAUGAUAUUCCUGGGAGUAACAUAACUGGACUUUUUGAUGAUGAAACAGUCUUUGCCACAGAUAAGGUCACUUGUAUUGGGCACAUCAUUGGAGCUGUGGUCACCGACACCCCAGAGCAUGCACAGAGAGCUGCUCAAGGAGUGAAAAUCACCUACGAAGAACUUCCAGCCAUUAUCACCAUCAAGGAUGCGAUCAAGAACAACUCCUUUCACGGAGCUGAGCUGAAGAUUGAGAAAGGAGACCUCAAGAAGGGUUUCGCGGAAGCUGAUAAUGUUGUUUCAGGUGAGUUGUACAUCGGUGGCCAGGAGCACUUCUACCUGGAGACUCACUGCACCAUUGCUGUCCCAAAAGGCGAGGGAGGCGAGAUGGAGCUCUUUGUGUCUACGCAAAACACCACGAAGACCCAGAGCUUUGUGGCAAAAAUGUUGGGGGUUUCGGAGAACCGCAUUGUGGUCCGAGUGAAGAGGAUGGGAGGAGGCUUCGGUGGGAAGGAGACUCGGAGCACCUUGGUGUCUACUGCCGUGGCCCUCGCUGCACACAAGACUGGCCGUCCCGUUCGCUGCAUGCUGGACCGUGAUGAAGACAUGCUGAUAACUGGUGGCAGACACCCCUUCUUGGCCCGAUACAAGGUUGGCUUCAUGAAGACUGGGAAGAUUGUGGCGUUGGAAGUGGAUCACUACAGCAAUGCGGGGAACACCCUGGAUCUCUCUCAGAGUAUAAUGGAGCGAGCUCUCUUCCACAUGGACAACUGCUAUAAAAUCCCCAAUAUCCGGGGCACUGGGCGGCUAUGCAAGACCAACCUGGCCUCCAACACAGCUUUCCGGGGCUUCGGGGGUCCCCAGGGGAUGCUCAUUGCCGAGAACUGGAUGAGCGAAGUUGCAGUGACGUGUGGUCUUCCUGCAGAAGAAGUGCGGAGAAAGAACAUGUACAAAGAGGGAGACCUGACGCACUUCAACCAGAAACUGGAGGGAUUCACUCUGUCCCGGUGUUGGGAUGAAUGCCUAGCAAGUUCUCAGUACCAGGAACGGAAGAGAAGCGUUGAGAAGUUCAACAAAGAGAAUUGUUGGAAAAAGAGAGGAUUGUGCAUAAUCCCUACCAAAUUUGGGAUAAGCUUCACAGUGCCUUUUCUGAAUCAGGCAGGGGCUCUGUUACAUGUGUACACAGACGGCUCUGUGCUGCUGACCCAUGGAGGAACCGAGAUGGGCCAAGGCCUACACACCAAGAUGGUCCAGGUGGCCAGCAGAGCUCUGAAAAUUCCCACCUCUAAGAUUUACAUCAGUGAGACGAGCACAAGUACUGUGCCUAAUUCCUCUCCGACAGCCGCCUCCGUCAGCACUGACAUCAAUGGACAGGCUGUCUACGAGGCUUGUCAGACCAUCCUGAAAAGGCUGGAGCCCUUCAAGAAGCAGAAUCCCAAGGCAUCCUGGGAAGACUGGGUCUCAGCGGCCUACAUGGGUGCCGUGAGCUUGUCGGCUACUGGAUUUUACAGAACACCCAACCUUGGCUAUAGCUUUGAGACAAACUCAGGGAACCCCUUCCACUACUUCACCUAUGGGGUGGCUUGCUCUGAAGUGGAGAUUGACUGCCUCACAGGGGAUCAUAAGAACCUCCACACGGACAUCGUCAUGGACGUUGGCAACAGUCUGAACCCUGCCAUCGAUAUUGGGCAGGUGGAAGGGGCAUUUGUGCAGGGCCUCGGCCUUUUCACCUUGGAGGAGCUGCACUACUCCCCUGAGGGGAGUCUGCACACCAGAGGCCCCAGCACCUACAAGAUCCCUGCCUUUGGCAGCAUCCCCAUCGAGUUCCAGGUGACCCUGCUCCGUGACUGCCCGAACAAGAAGGCCAUCUACGCCUCCAAGGCGGUUGGCGAGCCACCCCUCUUCCUGGCCGCCUCCAUCUUCUUUGCCAUCAAAGACGCCAUCCACGCAGCUCGAGCUCAGCAUGCAGAAUACAGCGCAAAGAGGCUCUUCCAGCUUGACAGCCCUGCCACCCCGGAGAAGAUCCGCAAUGCCUGUGUGGACCAGUUCACUACCCUGUGUGCCACUGGUGUCCCAGAAGACUGUCCUCUCUGGUCCCUGAGGGUGUGAGGAGGAAGUCCCAGAAGAGUCGUGUGCCACCGUGGGACCUCCUUGGAGCUGGCAGCGUGGACUGCAGAGCAUGACUCAAUCAAUGUUGCAGGGUGACCACGCUUGGGUUCCCCAGGAUGGCAUUUGGGAGAACAUGAAACACCUCGGAAACUUUUGAUCAAAAAAUGAUUUGAAAACAUCAUGAUACCCAGAUUCAGAACAGUUAGGCCCAGGUGAUGAAUAUGAGAUUAAGGUUCCUUCAUAUCAGUUUUAAUCAUGUAUUUAUAAUCGCUUGAAAAAAUGUGAAUGCUAUACAUUUAUCAUGCUAACUUACAAAGGCCAUCGCCGUGAUCAAAUUCUCUGGGCAGCCUGUCUAACUUCGAUCACGGACAGCAUCCAUCCUUCAGUGAGGCUUCCCGCAGACCCAGGUGAUUGUGCAUCGGCGUGCCUCCGCCGAAAAUGUUGCCUUCAAAUCAAUGAACAUCUUCUUGUGACCUCAGAUCCAGACUCCCUUGCGUGAUGGGGCAGCACGGUGAGAUUACAGCCUUUCGCCGUCUUCGGCUCCCCGGAAUGAGACACAUACAAAGUGAAUCAGACCCAAUUUUGUUAAAGCGGCUCAGGGUCAGAUUGUUUAAUAAAAGAAAACCCCCAGCCUCCCCCAUCAUCGGAUCCCUAUGGUGUGUGCUAGCUUUCUUCUCGCUUUCCCUUGCGGUCUUUAAAAGAAACAAAAAGAUCAGGCUUAAACACCCUCCUUUGAAGACAGAAUCAUCUCUACCCAGUUGCCAUCAACAUCAGGAUCCACCCCCCAGGAAACCCCAUUCCCAUCCCAAGUCUGCUGCUAGCAUGGCUGUGGCCAUGGAGGUGUUGUCCCUUCUACGCCGCCUCAUCCUGGAAAUGGAGAGCCGGGCCAGAGAAUCUCUCAGGUCCUCUCCAGCUCUGAAAGUCUAUAAAUAAGUGACCUGACACAGCCCGGUUAUAUAACUACAGCUCUUGAAGACUUUUCCCCUUUAUUAUUACCCCGUAACUGGGCGUGAUGAACUUUGCUUAGAUUCUCUCAAGUGCCAGGGUUGGGAAGGAGAACGGAAGCAACAAGGAGUGCCCCGUCUUGGUUUAAGAGCUGGUCGCUUCACUCUCGGGCCUGAUGGAGAGUGGGCGACGUUACCCUGUCCUGCAUCUUCUGCGUCUAAAACACUCCAUCUCUGCCGGAUGGCCCGGCUCUGGGGGAGGAGGAGAGCAGGUCCUGGGGAACCACGUGAUUGAACUUGGUGUUUGACGUCACUAAUAAAUGAGACUGUCACCUGG